AUUAUAUACCUAUACCUUGAAGAUGGUACCGCAUGGUUUCCGCUUCAAUCCAACUGAUGAAGAGCUCAUCCAAUUCCUAGACAGAAAAGCUUCUGGCCAAGAAAUGCCACUUCAUUUCAUUCUUGAAACAGAUGUUUACGAGCGUGAACCACAGGAUCUUGAAUGGAAUCAAACCACGCCUUUAAGCAACGGUGAGAGAUACUACUAUUGUACGAGGGAGAUAAACUAUUCGAGGGAAGUGCUCGGUCGAGGAUGGUGGAAAGCUACGAGCCAUGUCAAGAAAAUACAUGCUAAUAGUGACGAUCAACUUCUUGUUGGGAACAAGAGGCCUUUAACGUUCCAUAGGUUCAAGGACAAUGAAAGAAAUCGCAAUAAUGCUGUCAAGACUAACUGGAUUAUGUAUGAAUACAGCCUUGAAUCAAGAACCACGGUAUGGAGACUGUGCAAGAUUAAGCACAAGGGGAAACCAAGCGUGCAAGAGGAGACGGAGAGUAUGAGGAAACAAUAUUCAUCGAGCAAUGAUUUCGAAGCCGGAAGUUCGACCAAUUUUGUUAGUGCGCAACAGCAACAGGAACAAACCUCAUCAAGGCCUACAAAUUAUGAAGGAUAUGACCAUGAAUCCUAUUAUCAAUGGAACAAUACGCAGCAGUACUUACCACAGUUUCCAUACGAUCCUUAUCUACCGGCACCACAGAGUACAAGUAGUGGUCACUAUUCUGUGGAGCAGCAAGAGAAGUUAGAGCCCAGUGAUGAGCACCCAUUUCCUAGUCUUUGGUCUUGGACGAACUAGGAUUUUGUUGUCCAUCUUUUUUGUUUCUUCUAAGUAUCCAGGUUGCUAUGAAUAUAAAGAAAAAAUAGCUUAUGCAUGUUUUGGUAUAGGGAAGGAUGUCUCGAUGCCUUACUGUUACUGUAUUCAUUAUUGCUAUGUUUGAAAUAAAUACGGUUCUC